CUCGAUGCAUGCACUCCCUCCGAUAUCGUUCGUCGCUCGCCUUCUCCAUACUUUUGCAAAGAUCUGAAAUCUGGCAAACGCGAAAGAAACUACAACGGCGCUAAUGGCGCCUGAGGGGGAUUCAGGUGACCGUGGUUGCUGUGACUAUAUACUGACAGGCCUGUCUAUCAUCCUCUUUGUGUGUACUUUGCCAUUAUCUUUAUGCUUUUGUUUAAAGAUUGUACAAGAAUAUGAGAGAGCAGUGAUCUUCCGUCUUGGUCGUCUGCUGCCUGGAGGAGCUAAAGGCCCAGGUCUCUUCUUCAUUCUGCCUUGUAUGGACUCCUACCAGAAAGUUGACCUUAGGACAGUGUCCUUUGAUGUUCCUCCACAAGAGAUUUUGACUAAAGACAGUGUGACUGUUGCUGUGGAUGCUGUGGUAUACUUUAGAAUCCAUGACGCAACUAUGUCCAUCACUAAUGUGGAAAAUGCCAAUCGUUCCACACGUCUGCUGGCUCAGACCACCCUGAGGAACGUGCUGGGAACCAAGAACCUUAGUGAGAUAUUGGCUGACAGAGAAGUUAUCAGUCAUGUCAUGCAGAGCUCGCUUGAUGAAGGAACUGAUCCUUGGGGUGUUAAGGUGGAACGCGUAGAAGUGAAGGAUGUACGUCUUCCUCAGCAGUUGCAGAGAGCCAUGGCAGCAGAGGCUGAAGCUUCUCGUGAAGCUCGUGCUAAGGUCAUUGCUGCUGAGGGUGAACAGAAUGCAUCUCGGGCACUGAAGGAAGCUGCUGACAUCAUUUCAGAGUCUCCUUCUGCUCUUCAGCUGCGAUACCUACAGACGUUGACAACCAUCUCAGCUGAGAAGAAUUCCACAAUCCUAUUCCCUCUCCCUGUUGAUUUCAUGAGCAGAUUCCUACCAGAUAAGAAAGGUUAAUGAAAGAGAAAGACCAAAGAAUGAGGAAAAAAUUUUCUCAUUGUAAGAUAGUUGAUUGUUCAAAAUAGUUAUCUGCACUUUUCAUUAUAAAGGAAUAUUAAGAUUCAGAGCUUGAGUUCAACAAGAACCAACUAAUUGUAUAGAAGUAACAAUUUCGGAUUUAAUUUUUAGUUCCAUUUCAUGUAUGUUGAAGUAACAAUUUAUCAGUACAGCAUAAUGCAGUUCUCAAAAAAAAAAAAAAAGUUCACGACUGGUACAUAGACUUUUAUAGCAAGCCAGCAGCUUCUCUUGCUUACAUGCAAACUGGGAAAAGUCUGUGACAACCCAAUCAAAGGGCAAGAUGGAUUUAGGAUUUUUUCUUGGUGAAACAGGAAUAGCAUGAAAGAUGCUUUCAGAGAUUUUCACUACUCUUUUCCUUCCAAAUUUUUGCACGUUUGGUUUCUCUGAGCUCCAUUCAAAUCCAGUGUAGUAAUCAUGAUGAAAAGUGCAUAUCCUUUCCAAAAAUAAAGUGACCAUGAUAGCCAUUCUAGCUUGAAAAAAUAGUGGCUGAGGUAGAAGCCUUUCCAAACAGCUGAGUAAAGUAGGAGUAAGUCUUGAGGGCUGAAUAGAUAUUUUAGUUUCUGUGAGUAAUAUUUCUGCAUUAGACUUAAACUUAUUUACCCAGGGUUAACCAUUUAUGUUAAUUAAAUGUAUUUCUCAAGUUUUGUUUAGAAAUGUAUGUCAAUUUUGUGAAAAUUUAAUAUGGUUAGAGCAUCUUACUGACAGGUGCAAGAAACAGUGCUAUGGCUAGGCGCAUGCAAAAUAUAUCUAAUCAAUUUUGAUAGGCUGACAGUUCCUAUCAAUUCUAGUAAAUAGAUCAUAUAUUAUGAAAUGUGAUACAUUGGAGAACUCUGAUCAGAGCACUCGCAAAGUUUGUACUUGUUUGUUUUCCAGUA